AUGGCUGGAUCGAUGGGGUUCCGGAUCCAUGUCGGGCGACCACGCCUCCGGAUACUGUGGCCUCGUUCGGGCUCCUCGGUUCCUCGGGGGUCCCCGUCCGGUCGAGCUCUUCCUGCCCAGAAUCCUGUCUGCGGAAGGACGGGGUCGGCGCGCGACGCUGUGGAGAUCAGCUCCGACGAGGAGGACUCUCGCCCCACUCCCGUGGCAAGGAAGUUGCCUUGCGAUGAUGCUGAGUCGAAGAAGGGCGAGUCGGACGGCGCCGGUGUUGCCACGGAUGACGACGACUGCGUGGUUCUAGACGGCGACCCUGAUGGGGCGGUUGCCGCUGUGGAACAGAAGGGGGCUGCGGGGAACGAUGCCAGCUCCGAUGAACUGCAGAUAGUUGCAGAGAAAGGGCAGAUAGCAUGCAGAGAUUUCCCUCACUCGCGCCAUUUAUGUUCUAACUUGCCCUUCGGCACUACUUCUCAUGAGAAACAUUGUACCAUGUGCUACUGUUUUGUAUGUGAUGUCCAUGCUCCGUGCGAUUAUUGGGGUAAAGGUCUCUCCAUUGAUGAUCAUUGUCAUGCUACUGAUAAGGAAACUAAGUGGAAAACACUGAGGCUUGCGUUCAAGUGCAAAGGGCUUCCAGCAUCUCAUCCAGAAAAGGAAAAUACCGUAUACCCAGCAAUGGCGUCAGUCGGCCGCUUUUCUCUUGGCAAUCGGAGUCCUCUUCAAAAUGUUGUGAACCAAAACAGGCAAAUACAUGCUUCAGUUAGAACCGCGCCGAAUGUAGCCCCAACUGUCAGUGCACGAAGAGCAUUCCCUGUGACAAGAGCUGAAGGUAGCACAAGCAAUGCCCACACUUCUCAAGUUACUUAUCCUGUAGCGACAACUGUCAGUGCACCAAGAGCAAUCCCUGCGACGAGAGCUGAAGGUAGCACAAGCAAUGCUCACACUUCUCAAGCUUCUCACGCUGUAGCUCCAACCGUUGGUGCACCAAGAGCGUACCAUGCACCAAGAGCUGAAGGUAGUACAAGCAAUGCUCACAAUUCUCAAGUUACUUAUCCUGUAGCUCCAACUGUUAGUGUACCAAGGCCACACCUUGCGGCAAGAUCUGGAAGAGGUUCAAACAACGCUCACACUUCUCAAGUUACUUAUCCUGUAGCUGUAGCUGUAGCUCCAACUGUCAGUGCACCAAGACCACAGCCUGUGGCAAGAACUGGAAGAGGUUUAAACAACGCUCAAAAUGCACAAAUUACUCACCCUGUACAGCCAACUGUCAGUGCACCAAGAGCUUACCCUGCGGCAAUAGCUGAAAGAGGCAAUGCUCAAACCGCUCAACUUACUUACCCGGCCACUGCCAGCCACCACCUGCCGGAGCCAGAGCCGGACCAGUAUGAAGAGUACUGGGAGGACACACCAGAGGAAUAUGCGUCAGAGGGGUCCACGGUGUAUGUCGGAAACCUACCCUACCACAUUGACGAAGAGUCCCUCGCACUGAACUUCGAGCAUGCCGGAGUCGUCGUGUUCUCUGAGGUCAUUUACGAUGACAAAACAGGCCAGAGCCGUGGAUUUGGGUAUGUCACCAUGAGUACUGUUCAGGAGGCUGAGAAGGCUGUUAGAAUGUACCAUGGAUACGCGAUAUAUGGCAGUGUCAGACCUCUGACGGUAUAUAUCACAGCUCCCCGUCAAUCCGGGUCUCCUUUCGAAAUCUUCGUGUGCAAUCUGCCGUGGCAAGUGGACGACUCGUGGUUGGAGAAGCUGUUCAGCGCGCACGGCGAAGUGGUUGAUGCUAGAGUAGUCUACUAUGAGCGCAGAGGAGGGACCAGGCGUUCAAGGGGUUUUGGUUUUGUCACAAUGGCGACGGAGGAGCAAUCGUACUACGCGAUCAAUUCUCUAAACAAGCAGGUUCUGGAGGGACGUACCCUGCGAGUGAAGGUUUCGAGGGAGAGUCCACAACAAGGCUAUUGA